CUUGGUGCAUCGAAUUGAAUGAAUAUGCACUUUCGCUGUAUUUGUUUUCAUUUUCUUUUCCGAUGAUUUCAGACACAGAAAGCAAUCGUUCCACCAAAGCGUAAAGUUUUUGCUUUUUCUGCUUCAUCUGGAAUUUUUGUUCUCUUUUCUUCUGUGUCAUUAUUGUGCCUAUACGAGCUUUGCGGCUGUUUUUUCUUCCCCCUACGGAGCGCUUAGUGUUUGUGCAGUAUACGAGUUCGUAAUAAUUUUGUACGAUUUUCGCGGCGAAGUAAAAAGUCAUGAAAAUCCCCUUCCAACACUAGUACGGUACAUAGUAUGGUCAGUCUGAUCAGAAACUUUGGUUCGAAUACUGGAGGUCGAUUCUUUGAAGAUUCUUCGGUCAGGAUGGACGACAGUCAUAAUAUGCUGGAUCCGAUUCUUGCCUCAGAGGAUGAUGAUGGCUUCCGCCCGUUGAACACGGUACCGGCAUUCAGCUUCCACCUUCUAGUGUCCAGCUGUAUCUCCCUAACUGGGAUCAUUCUGGCGGCUACUUGGGAAGAUAGUCGUCGUUGUGAGGCAUAUUUCAUUAUGCUCUAUCUACGUGCGGCUUUCUGGUUGUUGACAUAUCUUUUGGAUCAUUAUGUUAAAACCCGUCACGAAAAACUGCGGCUGGAUGGGUACCACGAGUUUCACCGAGCGACCGCUCAUCAUCGAACCGUUCCGCUGCAGAUCGUAUCACUGUGGAAUACGUUUCUGCUAGCGACACAGGCACUCAUCCAGCACUACUACGGGGACAGUUUUGCGGAGAAGUGUCUGGUUGUGGGUUUUCUCUCCCCGAUCGUCUACAUUACGUUGUUUUCAUCACUGGAAACGGUUGUCCUGUACGUCGUUAGCGGUUCCUACCUGGCCAAAGUUAUUCGCUUCAAUCGGGCCGCUGCUGCUCCUGAUGCACUGCAGGGAACUCGAGCCCAUAGCGGUGGUUCGCUUGGACUCACCCAGCGAGGAUUGAGCACGGCCGAGCUGCUGGAGAAGCAGGCAGACUUGAUUAACUAUCUGAAGGAUCAUAACCUGAAGCUGAACCAGAAGAUUAUGCAGAUGAAUGCCCAGGUCCGAACGGUGACAUUUCCCGGGUGAGUUUUCUUCGGGCUAGCUAGGUAAGUUGUAUUGAUGGAUCGUUAGGAAUCACAGUUAGCGGUUAUCUAACAUGUUAUUUGGGGGUGUCCGCAGCAUUAAGACUAGUAUUGUUUGGUGGUAUUUUGAGAAUGGUGAUCGAAAGAAGCAUACCAUUUUGGAUAGUAGGUAUAGCUGUGUAGAUUAAAAUUAUAUUCUUUAGCGGAAAAUUCAAAGAUUUCGUGCGUAAGUCCAUUCAUUUGUUUUCGAACAAUAAAAGUUGUGUUUUCACCCUGUACAUAAACUUAAA